AUGCAGCGUUCGUUGCACCAUGGCAGACGUUCUUUGGAGGAUGUGAUAGCCAUAGGUAUGGGGUUUCAGGAAGCUGAUGCGAUGCAGAAGGGCGGGGAGGUGCGGCGUGAGGCAAAGGGAGGUUCGCACGCAUUGGAAAGCACAGACGCGUGGGAAAAUAGGCAACAGCUGGUCGCAUUUUGUGCUGCGGCAGGGGGCGUAUUGAAUUGGCGGGAGGUGCGCGUUGAGUGGAAGUCGGCAUGCAUCCGGCUUUCAUCUGAGUGUGAUCGCGAUCCAACGCCUGGUGCGUUGUCGCUAGACCUCAGGUGGACCUAA